AUGCAUGUCCUAUACCAAAAUCAAUUUCAGAAAGCCUAUGCUCAAGCAGCCGCAAUUGUUGGAGCAGCUUUCGGUUCUUGGCUUUUAUUCGAUUUUUCGCCUAAUAAUUUAUUUUUGGUUGGAACUUUAAUGGUUGCAGUUUCUGUCUAUUUAUAUAAUGGAUAUCCCCAAGAGAGAAGAAAUAUGGAGGAAGGAAAUAAUAAAUUAAAUUCAUUCUCCUUUCUAAAUAAUAGAUUGGAUAAUGAAGUUGAGGAUGAUUUUAGUGAAAAAAGUGUACAUUUAAUACCCUAAAUUUAUUUGUUCGACUUGUAUGAUGUAUAAAUAUUUUUCAAAAAUUUAAAAAAGUUUCAAAGGAAUAAUUAAGGAGGGAUGAAUAGGAGCCCUUCGACAAUUUGAAAAAAUUUCCCCUUCUGACCAUUUUGAAAAAUAUGCAUUUUGUGUAUUUUUCUCCUGUAGUCAUUUUAGCAAUAAAGAGAAGAGUGAAAAAGAAGAGUGAAAUAGUAACGAAGAGUGAAAAAGAGUGAAGAAGAGUGAAAAAGGCAGAGAAAUGGAAAUUAAUCAAAGAAGGAC